AUGUCAAUAACACCGAUAACACACGUUAUAUUUGAUUUGGACGGCAUUAUCGUUGAUUCAGUCAAUUCAAUCGUCAAUAUAUUUGUCAAUUAUGCCCGAAAUUACGGCAAAACACUGGAUGAGGACAUCCGGAAGGGUAUACCAAAUUUGACAAAUUUUUCGGUAUAUUUUAAUAAAUUUUUGGACACAAUUCACGGCCCGGCGGUCGACGACGGAUCAGUCGAUAGAGAAACUAUAGUCAAGGAGAUGAUAGACGAGAUUUACGAAUCGCCUCAGCUGUCGCUCAUACCGGGUGUCGACCGACUGGUUCAGCAUUUGCGCCGACAUAGGAUACCGAUGGCAGUGGCCACCGGCAACAACAGUCCAAAUCUGGCCAAAAUUGUUAGGAAUUUAGGCGACUAUUUUCGCCGUGGAGUGAAUUUUGAUCAUCUGGUAUGCGGUUGGGAUGAUCCCGAUGUUAGCCGCAAUAAACCGGCACCCGAUGUCUACUUUGUUUGUGCUAAACGUUUCCAAACACAACCGCAAAGCUUGGAUAACGUACUGAUUGUUGAGGACUCGUUGACUGGUAUUACCGGUGCUUUGGAUACCGGUAUGAAAACAUUGUUGAUUAACGAUCGGAAAAAUUGCGACUUUGAUGCCGUCGCCAAUAGGAUUACAUGUAUUGUCGAUAGUUUCGAUGAUUUUAGGCCCGAAUCAGUAGGUCUACCCCCGUAUGAUGAUUGA